UUUGGGGAGGUUGCGGACUCGUUCUUCGUUCCCGCUCGUGUGUAAAUCCCACGAAUUUCUAUCGUCCAUAAAACUGCUCAACUUUUUUACAGAUUUUUAAGAUUUAAAAACGAUAGUUUAUCCUUCACGCUAACAAAUAUAAAUGUCCAAACGAUAGAAUAAAACGCGCAUCGCGAUUCGUCACGCUAUCUUCCGCGUGUGCACCGCCUUCCUUAAUCGUAACAAUAUGAAAAUAAACACAAUUUUACCGUCCAAUAGAUGCGCUCUCAUAUUUCGAGACAAUUUUUCCUGUGCGUGCCUUUGACUUUACGCGAUUCUGCCUCAUAAUGCUUCGAUAAUAGUGUGAACGACGAUUAUGCAGCCUGGAUUUACCGAGGGCUUCCAUAUGUGUUCGAAACAUUUUUUUCUACCGUCCUUUGUCUUUCGUCGUCGAAACACUCGGAUUCAUGUACAGAUAACAAAGAGGAGAACAGUGAAAUCGUUCGAAAUUGCGGUCCGGUGACGAUUCGUGUGUAACGAUUCGUACGAACCAACGACGAACUACAACAAUGCCUGUAUAACAGGCCGUGAUGCUUCUGGCCAGCGGAAUAUCGAUAGCGACGAUCGCUGGCGCGAUCGAAGAAGAGGACUACGCUGCUGCUGGCGUUGCCAAUAGCGAGGCUAACAGUAGCGAACAACUCAAUUAUUACGACGGCUAUAUUACCGAUCACACUGAUCUUGGCUCGGAAAUUGAUAUCGACGAGUCCGAAUAUCGACGCGAGCUUCUCAACGACAGAUGGAGAGUGAUCUUCGACAGGUUCGAUCCUGAAGGAUUCGGUGAAAUUCCACUGGAGGAUUUUUUAGAAGCCCUUAAAAGUGCCGAGUGGAGGGCUGAAAUUCCAGCGAACAAGAGGGAUAUUCUUCUCAUUAGGGUAAAGGAAUCGCGGAUGCAAGCAGUUACUUUUCAGGAUUUUGUCAAUGUGAUGAGCGGCAAGCGCACGCGUAGCUUCAAAUGCGCGGUGCACCAUCGGGAUCGGGAGGUUUGCUCGGAAAACGAUUUCCACAUACUCGUGAAUGAGCCACCGCUCUUUCGAAGGAUGGUUCGCAUGAUUGGUGACGAGUUCCUGACGGAGGAACGGGACAGGAAGUUUUACGCGGAUCACUACACGUGUUGUCCUCCUCCACUCUUCAUAAUCCUCAUAACUCUCGUUGAGUUGGCUUUCUUUACGUAUUAUACAGUUGCGAAAGGCGAGGUGAAUCCUUCGGGUCCUGUGCCGACCGACAGCGUAUUCAUUUAUCGCCCGGAUAAACGCCUCGAAUUGUGGAGAUUCGCUUUCUACAUGUUUCUUCAUGCAGGAUGGCUCCAUCUACUUUUCAAUCUGGGGGUGCAAUUAGUGGUAGGACUUCCCUUGGAAAUGGUGCACGGAAGUUUGAGGAUAGGCGCCGUUUACAUGGCCGGAGUUCUCGCUGGUUCUCUGGGAACAUCCGUCUUUGAUACGGACGUGUAUCUCGUUGGAGCUAGCGGAGGCGUUUACGCUCUUCUCGCCGCUCAUCUUGCCAAUGUUCUUCUCAAUUACAACAAUAUGGAAUUUGGCAUUGUUCGCCUCGUAGGAAUCUUUACGAUAGCCAGUGCGGACGUCGGUUUUGCGAUUUACGACAGAUAUGCUGCGGAGCAGAUGGGUCCACCGGUGUCUUACGUGGCCCAUUUGACGGGAGCAUUGGCCGGCUUGACGAUAGGACUUCUCGUGUUGAAAAAUUUCGAGCAACGUCUCCACGAGCAGCUGUUAUGGUGGGUCGCACUUGGGGUGUAUGCAGCCUGUACAAUUUUCGCGAUAAUGUACAACAUCAUGCAUCCGGAUUAUCCAUGACGCGAGAUGAGCUUCGCGUACGAUAUUUCACGGACUACGUAACGCGCGGAGCUGUUUAAAAAUCACCAAUUUUCUUCCCUCAUCCUUCAACAACGUGUGAAGUGAAAAGAAACGAAACAAAAUUCACACGAACGAACGAUGAAAUCGUAGGAGAUAAACAAAGAGAGAUAAAAAUCGUCGUUGCGCCGAUAAUGAGUCAAUAAAUCCGUACCAAAGAGUAGAAGAGCGGGGGGGGGGGGGGGGGCGUUUUUAAAACAGCAGAGAAGAUGAAAAAAAAAACAAAAACAAAAAACACAAAAAUAAAACUGAGACAUCACCGACAAGUUUCACGGGCUGCGGGCUAGUCCGAGAUCCAUGAAUUUGCUUCGCUCUCCUACUGUUCACUUGUAAACGGCAAAUUAGCUUUGCUCGCCUUAUUUUUCUACGCGUUAAGCGUGUCCAAGACUAAUAAAAUAGAAUACACGAUAGUUACGGUAAAAACAAGAGAUAAAUGGAAGAAAAAGUAAACGAACAAACAAACAAACAAAAACGCCGACGAAGUUCGUCGUUCAAAGACUGAUGAAACUUGUGUGUAGAUUUUUCCUUUAUUUUAAGUUUUUUGUUUACAUUUUCCGUUUCUAUUUUUUGUUUUAUACACCGUAGCGGUAGAGAGA